AUGACAUUUUUUGAGACGGCAAGAUUACUAGCAGACUCUAAUGUCACAUGGAUAGCGUUGGUUCCAAAAUUUGUUGGGGCUAAGGAGAUAAAAGAUCUCAGACCUAUCAGCAUGAUUGGAUGGAAGAUGGGCUUCGGUAGAACAUGGAGGGCGUGGGUUAGAGAGUGUGUUAGAUCAACAUCUAUCUCUAUUCUGUUUAAUAGAUCACCAUCGAAACCAUUCAAAAUGGAUGGGGGGCUUUGUCAAGGCGACUCGUUAUCGCCGUUUUUGUUUGUUCUGGUGGUGGAUGUUCUUAACAUGAUGAUCGGAGAAGCGGUAAGGAACGGUUGGAUAUCUGCACUAUUAGUCGGUAGGGAUAAUAUAGAGUUAUCACACUUACAAUUUGCUGAUGACACUAUAUUCUUUUGUCCGCCGGAGGAGGAGACAGUGAAAAAUUAUAAGAGACUUCUGAGGUGCUUUGAAAUGAUGUCUGGUUUAAGCAUUAACUUUGAGAAGUCCAACUUGAUACCAGUGAACUACAGCUAG